CUGUCCUGCCUCUGCUCUGUUAGCUGCUGACUUACGGGCGCAGAUGGAGAAGAAGUCGAGUGUUGAGCUGAAUAUGGAGCCACAGGAAGGAGGCCUGAAGGAGCUGGUGCUCAGGUGGUUCACUGAGACACAGACUCCACUCAUCCAGCACAACGGAAACUUCCCUGACUGGUUUCAAGGCCUCGCCACAAGAAAGGACGCAGAGGAUCUACUGAGAGAUAAAACUAUGGGCAGUUUUCUCAUUCGCCUCAGUGAUAAAGCCAUUGGCUACAUCCUGUCCUACAAGGGUAAUGACAGGUGCCGCCAUUUUGUUAUCACCCAAAAUCAAGAUGGAUAUUUUGUCAUAUCAGGAGACUGCCAGACGUACAACAGUCUCACUGAGCUGAUAGAGCACUACAAGGUCAGCCCCAUCCAGCCCUUUGGAGAAUAUCUGACCUCCAGCUGUAAAGAGGCAGACACAAAUGAUCUGUAUGAUGUGGUGAACUACAACACCACAAAGAAGUCGGCAGUGAGCGUGCAGGCGCUGCGGACUCUGUGGGACCAGAAAGGUCAUCAUCACAGCCAUACGAGUGCUAACCAAAGGAUUCAGCAGCAACAUUACCCUCCUGCAGUGCAACCACCCACACUGCCAUCUAAAUCCAGGAAGCUGACAGGGACCGUGUCUGUGGACGCAAUGUCUCUGUCCGAGGGUCCACCUCCAGUACCAAAAGGGGGGAUUCCUCUAGGCUUCUCCCUGAGUGGCUCCUUGUCUGAUACAGCUUCACAUCCAAAUAAAUCCCAGAUGGACUCAUACAGACCAGAGGGACACAUGGCAAACACAAAUUUGGCGCUAAUGUCUAAUAAAGACUCAUUUAAUACCACUGACACAAUAUAUCCUGGUGAUCUUUUUCCUGGCAUCACAACCUCUCAGCUGACGCAGGUAGAGAGCAGGAGCAAAUCCCUACCAGAACUGGACAACAGCAGCUCGGAGGAGGAGUACUCCAGCCAGCUUAGCAGCUCAUCUCUCACAUCAUCUACUCCAGUAAAGAGAGUUACCUGCCAAACUUACUCCCUCCAUGUACACCGUGAAAGUUUGAGGCUGAGCAGCAGCAAGCCAGAGGAGCACAGUGAUGAUCUGGAAAUCUUGAGAUCCAACCCGCUGUACCAGACUUCUGCGGGACCUGAAAGGAGUUCUCCUCAGCAAGGAGACGGCAUGUACGCUGCGGUCCCUCAGGCAACACCUCCUGCCAAGCUGCCUGAUAACACCUAUGAGCAGCUCCCUGGUGAGGCUACCACUGUUCAAGGCAACACUUACGAGACACUGGAGGACAUAAAGACCAAGAAGUCCAAGUCCACCUGGAGUAAAAGUAAUAUGAAAUGGAAGAAAUUCCUACCUGAUCAUAAGAAGAAAUAAGUGCAGCAUCACUUGUGGAUCAUCUCAGUGAAAUGUUCUGGGCCUCCUCCCUUUCUUAAUAUAAAUAAGAUAAACCCCUCAUCUUAUAUGCAGAUGACUCUGUGC